CCGUUUCCCGGCCCGGCCCGAUAAGAUAACAAUCAAUUCACAAUUUAAGCACACAAACGGCAACUCAUCGAGUUCAAGUGCUUCGACUCGUGAGGAGAGAACAGCUAACCGGAAUUCUCGAUGCCAGGUGUUCGAUCCAUCUCGACUCGACUGAAUGCGCCGCCGGCCGUUGAGGUGGGCGUCCUUUCGGGGCGCGGGAUCUUAUCUCACGAGCGUCACGGUAAUCUUAUCUGGGUCGUCGUCGUCGUCGCGGUUGAGUUCUCGAUAGUCUCGAAGUUGGCCGGCGGUAUUUUGGGAAUCGAUUGGUCAAUUUGGCUUAGUGGUGGCUUAGCUGAACGGGUUGGAUCAGUCCGUUGCCGGUCGUCUAGGGAGUCGGAUGUGUCGCGAGUAUUGUGCUUCAUGGGAAGGAAUGCGUACGGUGCAGUGAUGGGACCGGGAAGAGGACUGUUGUCAUCGCGGUGGAUGAGUGUGAGGUUGAUUGUGUUGGUGCUGGUAUUGGUGGCGUGUCAACGAGUAGCAGCGCAAGAUGAGGAACAUCACUGUGUGAUGUAUGGAGUGUGCUACCAAAUUGGGAUGCACAAGCAGAAUUGCCCGACCACGGAAAAGGCAAAACCACUCGAUAGCCUGAUGGCUGAAGAGAUCUUGAAACGGAGAUGCGGUUUUGUGUUUGAAGAUGAGAAAAUGCCUGUGUGUUGUAACCACGAACAACUUAUCGAACUGGAUAACAACUUUAAGAACGGGGAAGGUGUGUUUGGCCGAUGUGAGACAUGCACGAGGAAUAUGCUGUACAGUAUAUGCAACAUGGCCUGUAGUCCGGAGCAGAGUCGAUUCUUGACGACCCAUACGACUAUUAUUCCGAGUACCCCUGAUGACAUAAGCUACGUGAGCAAAGUAGACUACCGGAUAGAUCGAGCUCACGUGCAGGGCGUCUACGAUUCCUGUAAGGGUGUAAUCCUGCCUUCAAGUGGUAAAUAUGGGAUGGAUAUUGCCUGUGGAGGUUGGGAGUCUACAGGAUGCACCGCGGAGAGAUGGUAUGAGUUUCUCGGUGACUCCAUCAACAAUGACUACGUGCCGUUCCUGAUCGAGUACCAGUACCCGGAAAAUGCGUAUAACCGAUACAACCAGGAUGUACUGCACUGCAAUGAGGGGUACAACGACUCGAACAGUUGCUCGUGCGUAGAUUGCUUCGACAGUUGCCCUGUGUCGGACCCUCCCAAAGCUGUUGAUCCUGGAUUCUUGGUUGGAGACCUGAACGGAGUGACCUUCGUGGUAGCUGUAGUUAUCGGAGGAUUCGGAUUGGUUAUCGUCCUGUUCAGUGGAUUUUAUAAAUCUUCUGGGUCUUCGUUUGAGUUUCCAAAGUUCUGUGGUGGUUUCCCAGCUGUUAACGUCGGAUUGACGAAAUUCUUCACUUGUUGGGGUACUUUUUGUGCUGCGCAUCCAGUGCUGGUCAUCGCCAUUUGCUCUUGGAUCGUCGUAGGUCUCUGCUACGGAAUCAUUCACCUGCAGAUAACAACAGAUCCGGUAGAGCUUUGGGCUGCUCCAGAAAGUCGCUCUCGCGUCGAGAAAGACUAUUUUGACUCACGGUUCUCGCCUUUUCACAGAACGACCCAACUGUUCAUCAAACCCACCAAGCAAAACUACGUCGUUCAUCAAACCUCCACGGGUAACAUCACCUUUGGUCCGGCAUACGACAAGGAGUUUCUCCUAGCAGUCUUCGAGUUACAAGAGCAAAUCGAGCUGAUCGGGCAGGACGAGGACGCGGGUUUGGAGAAGAUCUGCUACGCUCCGAUGACGGCAGCCGGUCAAGAGACAGUCCUGAGCGAGUGUACCGUUCAGUCGGUGUUCGGAUACUUCCAGAACGACUACGACAAAUUCAACAACAUACGCACCGAUAUUGAAGGGUUCGAGGUCAACUACCUGAAUACAAUCAAUGACUGCACUCGGAAUGCGUACAUUCCGGCUUGCUUCGGCCCCUAUGGUGGUCCAGUGGAACCGGGCAUAGCCGUUGGAGGAUUCCCGAAGCCGGCUUCGGGAGAGAGUCCCGACUUCCGACUGGCU